AUGAGGUAUCUGGGCCUCAUCUUGGACGGAAGAUGGAGCUUCGGGCAGCAAUUUGUCCAACUCAGCCCGAAGCUCAUCAACUCUGCUGCUGCCUUAGGUCGCCUUCUACCUAACGUAGGAGGGCCGGAAACACCUUGCCGGCGUUUAUACGCUGGCGUGGUGCGCUCUAUGGCAUUGUACGGUGCACCCAUUUGGGUGGACCCGCUCACCGCUCGUAACAAGGCUCUUCUGCGGAGAUCGCAGAGGGUCAUAGCGGUAAGAGCGAUACGGGGUUACCGUACGGUGUCGUGGACGGCGGCGACACUUCUUGCGAGCGAUCCGCCCUGGGAACUACAGGCGGAAGUGCUUGCGGAAGUGUACUGCUUCCGGGUGGAAGCAAGGGCAAGCGGCGAUUGUCCAGAACUGGUGGAGGUAAAGCGAGUCAGGCCUCUAGCCCAGCGAGCCUUGAUUAGAAGGUGGGAGGAGUGGGUGCCCCUCGGCAUGCCUGGCGACAGUGGAGGCUAUCCGUCCCCACUUGAGUCGCUGGGUGGAACGAAGACACGGCACACUCUCAUUCAGACUGACGCAGGUGCUUACCGGGCACUGCUGCUUCGGUAG